AUGAGGAAUAAAGAAAGAACCCUGGAACUGAUUCGCGAAAACAGAAGAAUAACAGUUGAAGAGGUUGCAGGAGAGCAGAAUGUGAGUGCUGCAAGCAAAGCAAGAGCACAGGAGUCUGCCUGCAGAGCCCAAGCUAACUCAAUAGAGCCUAUUUUGUCUAAGCCUGGAGAUAUUAUGCUGGGAGGAAUCUUUGGUCUUCAUGGCAUUGAGAAUGCCAGCUUUAGUUACAAUGAAAUGAGGAUUGUCAGAGCAAUGCUGUUUGCUAUCGAAGAAAUAAAUAACAGCUCAUCUCUACUGCCAGAAGUUUCCCUGGGAUAUAAAAUAUUUGAUGUCUGUACCUCCAUUCAUUUAUCUAUAAAAGCAGCAUUAAUUUUAAUGAAUGGAAAUGAAGGUGCCGAAUCACUUCCCGGUAAACCAUGUAAUACCCCAUCAACUGUUCAUGCAGUAAUUGGAAUGUCUGGCUCAUCACACACCAUAGUUAUUGCAAGAGCUCUCCAGUCUUUUCACAUUCCACUGAUAAGUUAUGUUGCCACGUGUGCCUGUCUCAGCAAUAAACAGGAAUUCCCUACUUUCUUCAGGACCAUCCCAAGUGAUUCUUAUCAAAGUAGAGCACUUGCACAGCUUGUAAAGCAUUUUGGAUGGACUUGGGUUGGAACAAUUAGAAGUGACAAUGAUUAUGGUAACCUAGGGAUGGCUACUUUUAUUCAAACUGUUCAGAAAGAGGGCAUUUGCAUUGAAUAUUCAGAAUCAAUUUACUAUAGUUAUCCUAGUGAGAAAAUUGCUGCAACAGUACGUCUCAUUAAGGCAUCUUCAUCAAAAGUUAUUGUUGCUUUUCUCACAAAGCAAGAUAUGGAAAUUCUCCUGAAAGAGCUGCAGAAUCAGAAUGUCACAGGGCGACAGUGGAUUGGCAGUGAAGGCUGGAUUUCUGCCAGAAUCUUUGCAACCGAGGAGAGCUACAAAAUAUUAGGUGGCUCCAUUGGAUUUGCUAUUAGUGAAGCUGAAAUACCAGGACUGAAAGAUUAUAUUCUAAAUAUACAUCCAUCUGAAGCUCCCGGAAAUGCUUUUCUCAAUGAAUUUUGGGAAACAGUUUUUCACUGUUCAAUGAGUUCCAAUGAAAAUGCAUCAACUCUUACUCCAUGCACAGGAUCUGAGAAUUUAAGAGAUAUAAGUAACGAGUAUACUGAUGUAUCAGAAUUCAGAAUUCCUGGUAAUGUGUAUAAAGCAGUGUAUGCUGUAGCCUAUUCCCUGCAAAAUCUACUAAGCUGCAAGAAUGGAGAAGGACCAUUUGUCAAUAAAACAUGUGCCAAUAAAAUUAACAUUGAGCCAUGGCAGGUGCUGUAUUACUUUAAAAAAGUGAAUUUUACAACUAAUUAUGGAGAGAAGAUAUAUUUUGAUGAGAAUGGAGAUCCAACGGCAAAAUACGAUUUAAUAAAUUGGCAGAGAAACAAUCACGGCAACAUAGAAUUUCUAAAAAUAGGUGUCUAUGAUGCAUCUUUAUCAGAAGGAAAAGAAUUUAUAAUGAAAAACAUCAGCAUUGUUUGGGUGGGAAAUGCAAAUAAGGUGCCAAGAUCAGUGUGCAGUGAGAGUUGCUUCCCAGGAACUCGAAAAGCAGUUAAAAAAGGAAAACCUGUGUGUUGUUUUGACUGCAUCCCUUGUGCAGAGGGUGAAUUUAGCAAUACAACAAAUUCCAUUGACUGCAUCAGCUGCCCUUUGGAAUACAGAUCAAAUGAGCAAAGAAAUGAAUGCAUUUUAAAAGAAAUUGAAUUCUUGUCAUUUGGAGAACUCAUGGGAACUUUAUUAGUAAUACUUUCUUUGCUUGGUAGCACAGUAACUUUUCUUGUAGUAUUGGUUUUCUUUUACUACAAAGACACUCCUAUUGUUCGAGCUAAUAACCGUGAAUUAAGUUUUCUUCUCCUUUUGUCACUGGCUUUGUGUUUUCUUUGUGCUCUCACCUUUAUUGGUGAGCCUUCUGCCUGGUCCUGUAAGUUGCGCCAUACUGCUUUUGGAAUCACAUUUGUCUUAUGCAUCUCAUGCGUACUGGGGAAGACUACAGUGGUGUUAAUGGCAUUCAGAUCUACACUUCCAGGAAGUAAUACAAUGAAAUGGUUUGGACCAACCCAGCAGCGCCUUAGCGUUUUUGCCUGUACUUUCAUCCAGAUUUUAAUUUGCUCAUUCUGGCUAAUAAUUUCACCACCAUUCCCAAAUAAAAAUGUAAUAUCUCACAAACACAAAAUUAUAUUUGAAUGUAAUGUUGGAUCUACAGCAGCUUUUUAUGCUGUUUUAGGAUAUAUAGGAUUUCUUUCCUUAAUUUGCUUUAUUCUAGCAUUUCUGGCUCGGAAGUUGCCAGACAACUUUAAUGAAGCAAAAUUUAUUACAUUUAGCAUGCUUCUAUUCUGUGCAGUUUGGAUCACUUUUAUUCCGGCAUAUAUCAGCUCACCUGGAAAGUUUACAGUGGCAGUUGAAAUAUUUGCAAUUUUGGCCUCUAGCUUUGGUUUGCUGUUCUGUAUUUUUGCUCCAAAAUGUUACAUUAUAUUACUGAAGCCUGAAGAAAAUACAAAAAGACACUUGAUUGGAAAAAACAUCUCCUAA